GAUCAAAGCACAAUGAAGGAAUUAAGAAAUAAGAAGGAUGAAUAUUAGAAAUAAGAUAUUAAUUUAAUAGUCGUAAACAUGGCCGACCAUAGUUAUAUGAGUUCCACAAGUUCCGUAAACAUGGCAAAUUCUAAUGUUUAUAAUGACGUUGAAAAUGAAAAUGUUGGUGAAUGUAAUAAAGAAGGAGACGAAUUAUUAAUUGACUUAAUAAAAUCGUACCCACAUUUAUGGAACAAAGAAGAUAAAGAUUACAAAGACGUAAAUAAAUGUGACAAUUCUUGGCAAGAAAUAGCUACUGUAAUGCAUCUAUCUGUAAAGGAAUGUAUGAGCCGAUGGUGUAGAUUACGACAGUACUAUUCAAAGGAAAGACAAAGCCAGGAAUUCAUACCAAGCGGUUCUGCACCUAAUAAAAAAAGACCAUGGGACUUAUAUGAGCAAAUGUCAUUUAUAGACAAGCAUAUAUACAAAAGAAGACGAAAAUAUACCAACAUCAGCAGAAGUGUAAAUGAGCCCUCACAGUCAAAUACUGCAGAAAAACAUGGACAGAAAUCACCUCUAAGUGAUAUAACCAAUAAGGAUGAUUUGCAAACUGAAUCACUUAUAUUCACGUCGUCGACAUCACCCAUAGGAUCGGAUUCAGAAAAUGUUUUGAUAUUCCCUUUAAGCCCUCAAUCUACAUCAUCUGAACAAUCAACAUUAUUUCAGAAAAAGAUGAAACCUAUAACAUCGUCGGAUACGCUAGAAAAAUCACUUAAUAUGGUAUCUCAGUCUGUAUCUGCAAUGGCAACUCGAAUGUUUCUGAAUGAUAAUGUUAACGAUAGAGAUGAAGCUUUGACAAAGAUGAUUUUGGCCGAAUUACAAAAUACUGCUGAGCCAAAAAAAUCAGAAUUAAGAAGAAAAUUAAUGAAUGUUAUCAUGGAGUAGAUGAUAUAAACUAUAAAUAUGUUAUAUAAUGUUUAACAUUAUCAUUUAUAAGUAUCAUUAAAGUUCACGUAUUAUCC